CUGCUUCUGACCGAAAGUUGCCACAUUCUUUCUUAGCACAUUUCUGGAAUGAGGUACCUCUUCAUUUUCCCCCUUUUGGGACUGGCCUUGGGACAGGGAUCCCCCUCAGCCCUAGUAAACCUUGUGGAUACCUUAAAGACAAGUUCACUGGAGACUAUAUUAGUGGAUCUUAUUGACGCCGCCGGACUGACAGAGGCUUUGUCUCAAGGAGGUCCUUUCACUAUUUUUGCUCCUGACAAUCACGCAUUCAAUUUACUUGGCAAUGAUACACUGAACAGUUUGAAGGCCGAUCCCGCCAAAUUGGCCGACAUUUUGAAAUACCACGUGGUGAGCGGCUUGUACCAUGUUAAGCCUGAUCUUCUUGUAAACGAACUGAUGCUGGACAGCCUAAAGGGAGAUAAGCUCCGAGUCAACUAUUACUACGCCGCUCGUCACGCACUUACAGUCGAAGGAGCCCGUAUAACUUACCCCGACAAGAUGGCGUCUAACGGUAUCAUCCACCGAAUCGAAAAGGUUCUGCUGCCACCUGUAGGAAACAUUGUGGAAGUUUUGACUCAGGAUGGCUCUUUCAACACUCUUAUCGCUGCUGCCAAGGCAGCUGGUCUGGUAGAGGCCCUCAGCGAUGGACCGAUCACUCUGAUGGCACCAACCGAUGCGGCUUUCAGUAGGCUUGGUAAUGAUACAGUGAAUAAACUGUUACAAAACCCUCAGCUUUUAGGAGAUGUGUUGAAAUACCACAUUUUACACGGUACCCUCUACUCCAAAGGAAUGCACUCUGGUAGCUUCCACACCCUGGAGGAAGCUGACAGACUCAGAAUUUAUCAAUCAUUCUUCGGUUCAGUGAUAGUGGGCGGUCACCGCGUCACCAAGCCCGACAUGAGUGCAACCAACGGCGUCGUCCACAAGCUUGAUUAUGUUCUCGUCCCAAGUUCACUUAGUACUCAAAUUAAAAAUCUGUAGUAAACAUUAGUUUUCUUAAUAAAUCUUACCUCUUUC